AUGACGACCACCACCACCACCACGCUGACGACGACCACCAUGCUGACGAUGCACGACGACACGCAACGUCGUCAACAACCACCCCGCCGUUACAAGAGCCAAACGACGUGGCAACGCCCCGUCACGUGGAUGGGAGGCGACGACGAUGACGACGUGGAACGUCAAUGGACGUUCCGCCUUGACUCCAGCCCAGGUGCCAUGUCGCAGUCAGCGACGUGGCAACCAAACGACGAACGGACACAACAACCGACGAGCCCGCCCACCCACAAACAACGCACACCGCCCCACAUGACCCCCACUGCCCACGAGCGCCCACGAAAAGAAACGAGCGCCCAGACACGACAGCGAACGCCCACGACACGACAACCAACGAGCCCGCCCACCCAUGAACGACGCACACCGCCCUGCACAACCCCCACCGCCCACAAACGACCCCAAAGGACCCCAAACACCCAUGACACGACAACAGACGAGCCCGCCCACCUAUGA